UCUACAUAUACCACGACUUCUGUCGUUCGUCCACAUAGUCGACCGCCCAGUCAAGAAUCAUCCCAACAGACUUUAAUCACCAGAUUCUCCGGCCGGUAGUCUCGAUUUACUGCGCGAUACCAAUCUAAUCGUGCAACCCGUUCAAAUUACAUUCAGCUCGGUUUCCCAUAAUGGCAAAUCUCGUGAAGGAGUGCGAUAAAGCAGGCCAAAUUCUCAAGAGCUUCAUUGAAAAAGGCAGGAUACCCGCGCAAGUGAUUGCGAAUGCCAAGGGUCUAGCCAUAUUCUCGGGCUUCCGGGCCGCAAUGUAUCUUGCAGGCGCUGGGGGCUCUGGUGUCGUUGUUGCGCGUCUUUCGGAUGGCUCCUGGUCUGCCCCGUCCGCAUUCUCGGUUCGAUCGGGUGGCGUGGGUCUCGCAUACGGCGUGGACGUGUAUGACUGCGUGUGCGUGCUCAACACGCAAGAAGCCGUCGAGGCCUACAUGAAGAGCGAAACGACCCUAGGCGCUGGCGCCACUCUGGCCGCCGGGCCUGUCGGAGGGACCGCCGACAUCAGCACCAAAGAAGUCAAGCCAAUCUGGACAUAUACCAAAUCGUGUGGCCUUUAUGGCGGCUUGACCGUGGACGGCACCGUAAUCAAGGAGCGAUCCGGCAUCAACGCGGAAGCUUACGGGGCGAAGGUUACAACCGUGCAGAUCCUGAGAGGCGAGACGAAGUGGCCAUCAACGACACGACUUCCUGAGGUCUUGAAAACGGCUGAAGAGAGGAGCGUGGAUGUGAAGAUCCUCAACGCUGUAAGUCCAGCAACGCCGGGCAAUGUGAACAUGUGAAGUAGUGCGCACGGUCUUGUCGAUGCAAGUGCGGUUGCAUAAUGAUGGCGUUGGCGGCGGAAGUGGUUGUUCGAAAACUGUGAGGAUUGUAUGAUAGAGCUAAUGGCCUUCCAUCACGUCAAGGACGAGUGCAUAGCAUCAUAUGCGAAGGAACCCUGAUAAAGAAUGGUGUGGUUAUAUCAAAUUGAAGCCGACGACGUUUAGCAUUCAGUCAGUGCACGACAGUGCCGCCCUCCUUUGAAACCCAACUUGGCGGGAAACAGUUCCGGC